GUGUGUGUGUGUGUGUGUGUGUGUGUGUGCGUGUGUAAAUGCCUUCGAUCGUGGACUUUCACCAGAAUACACACCUUCAAACCGUGGACACACAGGAAUCGUGGACGUCCACGAUUAGAACGCCUAUUAUUUUCGUCAUUUACGUGGCCCAAUGAGGGCGCUCUCUUAAUAUCUGGAAAAUUUGACGAAGUCCACGUUAGAGGUAAUAAAUAGUAUCAGGAGUGUACGAAUACACAGUUCGUGUGACAAAAUUCUCCAGGAAUCGUCGCGCAUAAAUGAAUAACGCCCCCUUUCGGCAGUGAGUGACGUGUAGAGAUCUAGAUCGAUAUCGAGCGCCAAAACUCGUAUACCGUGCACGCGCAACCAAAAUACCAACGUGAUCGUGACAAUGUAGCCGCACCAAGUACGGCGCGCAAGUUCGCAAGAGGUGUGAGAAAUCUUCAAUUUCAGACUGUACAAAUGGCAGCAGAUGACUUAAAUGUGGCUACAGAGGAGAAAGUGCAGAUUCUUUUAUACUUUAUAGAUCUUUACAAGGACAGUAGCAUUUCGUACGAGGAACUCGUGGCAGUUGUUGUGGAGAUUUUAUUGCAAUUGUGAAGCCUAAAGUAUGUCUUCCAGGAGAAAAAGAUUUUCUCCGGCAGCCGAAGCAGAGCAUUUCUGUAGCCUGGGGAAGGACAAGAGUGGAUUUCAAAAACAAUAUAUAAAUGAUGUGAUCGGAUAUGGUCUUUUUACAUCAAUGACUUUCGAGAAGGGGAGCUUUCUCCUUGAAUAUAGAGGCGAGCGGUCUUUAGUUUCUGAUGAUGAGGAGAUGACCAGUGAAGACUCGUAUGUUUUUCACUUUAAACACUGUGGUGUAAAGUACAGAAUUGAUGCAUCAAGUGAAGGGAGCUGCUUGGCAAGAUACAUCAAUGAUGAAGAAACCAAGCCCAACUGCAGAAUGAAGAAACUUGUAUUCAACAAUGUUCCCCAUCUGUGUUUGUUUGCACUGACUGACAUCAAUCAAGGAGCUGAACUUAGAUACAACUAUGGAGAGGAUGACUACCCAUGGCGCAAGGUUGAUGUUACAACCAAGCCUGUUACAACCAAACCAACUAGUCUAGGUGAAACUAGUCCUUUGAACCUAGCUAUUAGACAUGGUGAGUUGUCUAAUGCUGCCACUCCGGAUCUUCAGCAUAAGGGAGAAAGGCAAAGUAGGAGUGUCCAUCACGAAGACAGUGAUCCAUGCAAACCCAGUAAAGCCCUCAGACGAGUUGAGUUUCCACAUGCCACCUCUACUUUUGCAGACACUGAGGCAUAUUCGGCUGGUAAAACAAGUCCCCAUCUGGAGGAAUGUCAACCACUUAAAUCCAGUCUCUCUGCCGAUGUUGAGCCAGCUGCCUCUGCCAGUCUAGGUGAAACAAGUCCCUUGGACCAAGCUGUUAGACAUGGUGAGUUGUCUAAUGCUGCCACUCCGGAUCUUCAGCAUGAGGGAGAAAGGCAAAGUAGGAGUGUCCAUCACGAAGACAGUGAUCCAUGCAAACCGAGUAAAGCCCUCAGACGAGUUGAGUUUCCACAUGCCACCUCUACUUUUGCAGACACUGAGGCAUAUUCGGCUGUUAAAUCAAGUCCCCAUCUGGAGGAAUGUCAACCACUUAAAUCCAGUCUCUCUGCCGAUGUUGAGCCAGCUGCCACUGCCAGUCUAGGUGAAACAAGUCCUUUGGACCAAGCUGUUAGACAUGGUGAGUUGUCUAAUGCUGCCACUCCGCAUCUUCAGCAUGAGGGAGAAAGGCAAAGUAGGAGUGUCCAUCACGAAGACAGUGAUCCAUGCAAACCCAGUAAAGCCCUCAGACAAGUUGAGUUUCCACAUGCCACCUCUACUUUUGCAGACACUGAGGCAUAUUCGGCUGGUAAAACAAGUCCCCAUCUGGAGGAAUGUCAACCACUUAAAUCCAGUCUCUCUGCCGAUGUUGAGCCAGCUGCCACUGCCAGUCUAGGUGAAACAAGUCCCUUGGACCAAGCUGUUAGACAUGGUGAGUUGUCUAAUGCUGCCACUCCGGAUCUUCAGCAUGAGGGAGAAAGGCAAAGUAGGAGUGUCCAUCACGAAGACAGUGAUCCAUGCAAACCCAGUAAAGCCCUCAGACAAGUUGAGUUUCCACAUGCCACCUCUACUUUUGCAGACACUGAGGCAUAUUCGGCUGGUAAAACAAGUCCCCAUCUGGAGGAAUGUCAACCACUUAAAUCCAGUCUCUCUGCCGAUGUUGAGCCAGCUGCCACUGCCAGUCUAGGUGAAACAAGUCCUUUGGACCAAGCUGUUAGACAUGGUGAAUUGUCUAAUGCUGCCACUCCGGAUCUUCAGCAUGAGGGAGAAAGGCAAAGUAGGAGUGUCCAUCACGAAGACAGUGAUCCAUGCAAACCCAGUAAAGCCCUCAGACGAGUUGAAAUUCUACAUGCCACCUCUACUUUUGCAGACACUGAGGCAUAUUCGGCUGGUAAUACAAGCUCCCAUCUGGAGGAAUGUCAACCACCUAAAUCCAGUCUAUUUGCCGGUGUUGAGCCACCAGUCACUGCAAGUCUGAGCAUGCAGACACUUCCAAUUGCCAGUAAUUGUUACAGUGCCAACCAAAUAGUGACGUCAUCUAAUGCCACAGCUGUGAUUAUUGACAGUGAUUCUGAAGAAUCAGAACCCGAUGAUCCCGAUUAUGUACAUGACCCUGAUUAUGUACCAGACUCUGCAAGUGAUGGUGAUGUUAGCUGUUCUGAUGACAUCUUGCAGAUUCCAGACACUAGACGCAGAAAAAAAAAUUCCCCCGUUGUUGAUAGUGAUGAUGGUAGUGUUGAGUUUGACUGUGAGCCUAGAGAAUCCAAUGGGGCAAACAAUCAACAGGCUGAAUCUUCCGAUUGUCAAAAUCCCAAGGUCUCCAGCUCUUCAUGUGAGCAAUCUGACAUUGAGGUCCUCUGCACAUCAAACGAAGAGGAAAGACGCAGGUGGGAUAAGCCACAGUUCUGUCCCUUUUGUUUGGUGGGGCAAAAGAAGUUGCCUCGACAUCUUACUACAGAGCACAAAUAUGAACCACAGGUCAAUGAAUGGCUUGGAACAAAAGAGCCAAAGAAACGUGCAAAGCUCCUGACGCUCAUGAGGAAUUACGGGAAUUUUCUCCAUAAUCAUAAAGUUCUAGAGGAGGGAAAAGGUACACUCAUAGUUGUUUAUCGGCCAAAAUACAAGGCUAAUGCUCGAGACUAUUUGCCUUGCACAAGAUGCUACGGCUACUUUGCGAAAAGUGACCUGUGGAAACACAAAUGCAGCCAGGCAACUGAUGAAUCAGAUGCUACUGAUGAACCCGUUAAAAAGAAACGAAGGACUGGACUUGCAAAGGCAAGUAGAAUGAUGCUGCCUAUCACUCCUGGAGUAAGCAAGAGAACACAUGAAAUUUUAGCCACCAUGAAGGAUGACAACAUAGCUAGGGUGGUCAGGUCGGACAGGCUAAUACAAUUGUUUGGUGAAAAGCUGACUCUGAAGCAUGGACACACCAGGGACCAGGAGGGGUAUAUUAGGCAGCGAUUACGUGAGCUGGCACGGAUGUUGUUUGAAUAUAGAAUUCUCACAGAGCAGCCAAAUGCUCAAAUGGAAGACCUUAUAUGCCCAAAGAAAUUCCAUGACGUAGUUAAGGCUACAAGACAAGCUUCAGGAUUCAAUGGAGACGAUAACAUCUACACAACUCCAAGCCUGGCUCUAAAGAUUGGGCACAGUCUAAAGACAUGCACUGAGAUACUUCGAGGGGAAGCUCUUGUGUCUGGUGAUGAAGCGGUUGAAAAGAAAUCCAGAGCAGUUGCUGAAUUGUACAGUUUGCACUGGGAGGGGGAGGUGAGCCACCACGCUCUGAGAACCCUUGAAGAAGCCAAACGCAACAACCCCAAGAUACUCCCAUUGACAGAAGAUGUUGUGAAGCUAUCUAGGUACCUUCAAAACCAGGCAAAGACAAAUCAUGAAGAGCUACUGAGGUCGUCUGGGUCUGAAAUGCAGAAAGCAUGGGUGAAAUUAGCUGAAGUCCUGCUGUCUCAAGUAAUCGUCUUCAACAGAAAACGAUCAGGCGAGGUGUCAAGAAUGACACUGAAUGAUUACAACAAAUGUGCUAGAGGGGAGACAUGUAUAGUAGAUGGGGCCCUGUCUGUAGUUGAGAAGGCACUGUGUAAGGCACUAUGGAGAGUAGAAAUAAUUGGGAAACGUUCCCGCACUGUUCCUAUUCUCUUAACCACCAAAAUGAAGGCAGAUCUUGACACUCUAACUGAAUGUAGAAAAGAGGCAGGCUUAGAUCACAACAAGUACCUGUUUGGUAUGCCGGGAGGUUCUGGUCAUCUGCGUGGAACAGACACUCUUCGAAAUCAUUCAGCAAGGUGCGAAGCAAAAAACCCGGAACUUCUGCGAGCUACCAGACUUCGGAAACACAUAGCUACAGUAUCUCAAGUAAUGAACUUGCAGGACAACGAGCUGGACAUACUCGCAGGCUUUCUUGGACAUGACGUACGGACACAUCGAGAGUAUUACCGCCUACCAGACUCAACUCUGCAGGUAGCUAAACUCUCCAAAGUACUGCUGAAGAUGGAGAGUGGGGACAUCAGUGGUCUAGCUGGAAAGAGCCUGAAGGAUGUGCAUGUGGGAUCUGAUGAGGAGUGCCUGUGCAGUUCUGAUGAUGGAAGUGAAGCAAGUGAUAGUGAAUCCGAGUUGUGCACACCCGUGGUAGAGGAUAAAGGUGAUACAGAUGUUGCUGAAACAGUAGGCACCAGCAAACGCCAGACAAAGAAGAUGUGGAGUGAUGCUGAGAAGGAAGCUGUCAACAGGCAUCUGGGGAUUUUCUUAAGAACAAGAAAACUUUGUGGAAAGGAUCCAAUCAUCUCUGCGAUGAAAGCUGAUCCACGCAUCUUCAAGGGUCGCACAUGGACAAAUAUAAAGGAUUUCGUGAGAAACCAAAUUAGAAAACGAGACCCUUUAGGAUUUCUUCAGAAAUUUUAAAUGAAUGAGGUGUUACAGUCAGGCAUGUUACCACAAUUAUGAGGUUCUUUGUAUGUUCUUGGUUGAGCAUUGCUUGUAGGGGAAGCUGUGCUUUAAUGCUGAACUGAUGUGCUGGCAGGUACAGUCUGGCAAUUUUUCAUUGUCUGCAGUUCACUAAGUUCACGAAUGAAGGCAUUUGUUUGAAAGACAGUAACUUUACCCUGAAAUGCAAACUGUUAUGCUGAGGGUUUCAAAAGUACAGGUAUAUAAUAUGAUCUUGAAAGAAGAGUCGAUCAAAAAUAAUUUCUUACAAGAAGCAGAAAAAAUUGGCAAGCAAAACAAAAGAGUUUGCGGAAUAUUGGACAACUAAUAACAAAGUUAUGAUUAAUGACUUGAAAAAACGGGCAAAUCACUGAAAAUUUUCAGGGAUGUUGCCAAUUUGUUGAUGUUAUGGGUGCACAACUCACCAUUCAAUUCAUAUAUAUUCACAGUGCAAAAUUCAUCAUUUUUACAGAAAGAUACAAAUCUUGUACUAAUGCAAACAUGCAAAAAAGGGGGCCACAUACCUACCAAGAAGAUAUCCUACAGUUAGAGUUUUGAGGAAAUCAUAAUUUGGGGGUAAAAAGUUACAUUUUAUAACAUUGAUAUCAAUAUGAUAAAUGGUCAAUUGUGCACCUAUGAUGUCAUCAAUUGCCAAUUUGUCUAAAUAUUCAAACAUUCAUAACUUUCUUAUUAAUUGUCCGAUUUCACUCAAUCUUGUUUUGUUGUUCUGCUCACAAAAAUUUUCUGCUUCUAUUGAAAAGAUAUUAUUUUUGGGUGGACUCUUCUUUUAAGUACUUUGAAAGUUGUGUAACAGUUAGAGCUGUUGGCAAUCGGGCUUUUCUGCAGUAUGUAGCAUUGGGGGAGGGGCAAUCCCCCUGUGGGAACCUAUCCCCUUUGUUGUCCUGUGUUGAAUUUAAAGUUUGUAGUGUUGGGGGUAGGGCUACCUUCCAGCCAAAUCCAGUGUUAAAUGUAGAGGGGAAAAACUAGGUACAAAGUUUGAGGCUUACGACUUGUAAAAUUACAUUGUGAGGAAAGUGUGAAAAAAACAAAGAGUCCUUGCUUGUCAGUAGCACAUUUUUAUACAAAAUUGUUAAAGGCCCCUGCACCCUAUCAAAAUUACCUCUUCAACCUUAUUAAUAGCCAAGUUCCCCCCCCCCCCCUUUCAACGAAAGAGGCUGUUUUGUAGCUUUGUAGUUGACUUCAACUCAGUAAAUAGCCAAUUUCUCAUUUACAUUUCUGAUGACAUGUUAACAUAUUUUUUGUCUCCGGCGAACAAGCAGGGGACUACGAAAUGGGCUCCGUACCUUUGUGUGUGUCCAUCUUUCUGUCUGUCCGUCCAUGUUUGAUCAAAAUGCUACUUAUUCGCCAUUUCUCACCAGAUUUUGAUUCUGUUUUCUUUAUGGGAUGGCUCUAGGUGAGAUCUUCAAAACUUUUGCCCCAAAUUUUGACCUUUGACCUUGAUUUUUAACCAAUGUUCUACAUUUUGCUACAAAUGCUUUCUGCACUGUAACUUAAAUACUGAUUGGAAUUUCAAAAUUUUUGGUAUAUAGUUACAGAAUGAUAAAAUACAGGUCAACUUUGUAUGGAGUCUGUUGGUCAAAGGUAGGUCACAGCUCUUUAAAUAUGCAAAAAAAAUCAUUUAUGCAAAAUUGUGUUUCUGUCCAAUAACUCAAAAAAUCACCAAAUUUGGUGUCGAUGGGAAGUAAAUACAGGUCAAGUUCAAAUAUGGGCUCUGUAUGCCAAAAGGUCAAAUGUCAAGGCUCAUAAAAUAUGCGGAAAACCUUAUUAUUUAUGCAAAAUUGUGGUUUCCAUCCAAUAACACAAAGAAUCGACGCCAAAUUUUCACCAAAUUUGGUGGGUUGAUGAAAGCUAUUGAAAAUACAGGUCAAGUUCGAAUAUGGGGUCCACAGUUCAAAAGGUCAAUGGUCAAGGCUCAUUAAAUAUGCAAAAAAUCUAAUUAUGUGAAAUUGUGGUUUCCGUCCAAUAACUCCAUAAAUCUUUUCCCAAUUUUCACCAAAUUUGGUGGGUUGAUAGUAUUGAAAUACAGGUCAAGUUCAAAUAUUGGGUUCGUAGGUCAAAAGGUUGAAUGUAAAGGCUCAUUAAAUAUUCAGAAAACAUUAUUUAAUGUGAAAUUGUGGUUUCCAUCCAAUAACUCCAAAAAUCUUUGCCCAAUUUUCAUCAGAUUUGGCAUGUUGCUUGAAAGUAUUAAAAUACGGGUCAAGUUCAAAUAUUGGGUGUGUAUGUCUAAAGUUCAAAGGUCAAGGCUCAUUAAAUAUGCAGAAAACCCCGUUAUUUAUGCAAAAUUAUUUAAAAACAUGGUUUCCGACUGAAAAAUAGAAUAACCUUUCAUAAAUCUUUGUAUAUUUGGGGUAUUGCUAUUGUUAAGUUCAAAUUUGUCAAUGGCCAAAGUUCAUUAGAUUAUUUUGAAUGCAUGAAGCAAGGGCAUCUGUGGCCCAGGGACACAAUAAUUUUCUAGUUUGUUGCCUGAAAAAGUAAAUGUGCUCACAAUUCUCUACCAAUUUAAGCCAGUACUUCUGCAAUUCAUAGACAAGAUUUCAAAGAUGUAAUUGAAAAUAUAAAUCAGUGCAAAUGCCUUUUUACGGGCCAUUCGUAAUUUUCAAUGAUUUACAAUUUUGAUUUUUUUUUUCUUCAUUUUUCACCCAUUGGUUUGAAAGUGAAAUAAAUUUCAAUUUUCGAAUUUGUGGUUUGACACACACCCACAAUUUUGUUGGAAAAAAAAAAAUCGAAAAUUUAAUACAUUGUGAAUUAUGAAUGUUUUUUAUUUCAAAAACUGUUCAUGUUCUACACACAAAUAUGGGUAUUAAAGGGUUGUCCUUUUCCAAGUUAGGAGUAAUUGAGACACGUUUUUGCUCUGAUGCAAACCUUUAUGUUGAAGGUUUAACAAACAUAUUUUAUGUACUUUGAGGUUGUGUAAAAGUUUUAGCUGGUGGCAAAUGGAUUUUUUUUUUUUUUUUUUUUUUUUUUUUUGCAGUGGCAUGGGAAGGGGGGGCAGAUCCCCCUGUGGGUAUCCUUCCCCUUGUUGCUCUCUGUGGAAUUUGGGGAUUUAAGAAGAGGCAUCUUUUCCCUGUUGUGGUAGAGGGGGAAGGGCUGCCUUCCAGCCAAAUCCAGUGUUAAAUUUAGAGGGGGAAAACCAUGUAGAAUGUUUAGGGCUUCUGACUUGUAAAAAAAUUCCUGGUGACAAAAGAGGUAUAGGGAAAGGGUUCUUGCUUUUCAGUGCACACUUUUAAACCAAAUUUUAAAACCCCUGUAGCCAAUCGAAAUUGCCUCUAAAACCUUAAAAUUAGAUGAGCACCCCCCCCCCCCUUCUUCCCCAAAUAGGCUGAUUAGUAGUUGAAUUCAACUCUUAUAAACUUCUCAUUUGCACUUCUGACAACGUGUUAUGUUUACGGUUAUUCUUUGGGAUGGGGCUGUCCUGAUUAUGUUUGUUUUUCUUAGAUUUCAAAAGGGCUAAAGCCAAAUGUUUCCUGCUCCAAAAUAAGAGUUUUCUUUUUACCUUUGUGGAAUUGAAGUGAAGAAUUCCUAAUUCGUUUCAGUGGAUAUGUUAUAAAAAGUUUUGAGUUGAAGAAUUAUUAAUACAUUGAUCUUUUAUAUUGCUAUAAAAGUUAUUAAGCAAAGCAGAAGUAUACCUUCAAAUCACUGUGCUGAAAUUACACGAUUCAGUUUUUCAACCUGGAUUCAUUUAAGUCAAAUUUUUAAGUGCUUAAUCCAAUUUGGAAAAUGGGGUAGUUGUAGACCCUAAUUUUUGCCACUGGUUUUUCAAUAGCAGACCUAAGAUCAUCUUCUUCUUUGUUUGCAUGUGUAUGUCCAUCUGGGAUCUUGGUGCAUUUUUUUUUGGGGGGGGGGGGUGGGUGGUCUUCACAGCCUCAGUUCAAGUGGGGUCACUCAUGAGAUUGAAUUGGGGUCGCUCCUUAUCACAUGCCAUCUCCUUAGUAUUUUUCUUCGUAGAAAAGUUAGUUUUUAUCGAUUCAUUUAUUUCUUAACUAAUGUACAUGUAGAUACAGGUGUAGAAGAAAAUGUUAUCUUGAAAGUGGUUGAUUACUAUCAAAAUAAUGAAAAGGUUAUUACACUUUAGAAAACAGACCAAUUUGCAUAUUUUCAACAUUUUCUUUUUUGAUUCAGAAACUUGAAAUUACUAGGUUUUUGAUGAUGUAUGUUACAUUUCUUCCACUUUAAGUUGAAAAUUUGUUAUUUGAGGGGACAUUACCUUGGACUCGCCCUAUUUAUUAUUCUUUUCAGUAGAAAGCCACUGCUAUGUUUACUAGUGAUAUUAUUUAUUUUUCUUUUCAGCAGAAAGCCACUGCUAUGUCUAGUGUUUAUUAUUUAUUUUUCAUAUUUGUUUCCAGCAGAAAACCACUGCUAUGUUUACUAGUGAUAUUUUUUAUUUUUUUUUCAGCAGAAAGCCACUGCUGUGUCUAGUGUUUAUUAUUUAUUUUUCAUAUUUGUCUUCAACAGAAAGCAACUGCUAUGUUUACUAGUGAUAUUAUUUAUUUUUCUUUUCAGCAGAAAGCCACUGGUAUGUUUACUAGUGAUAUUAUUUAUUUUUCUUUUCAGCAGAAAGGCACUGCUAUGUUUACCAGUGUUAUUAUAGCAGAAAGCCACUGCUCUUUACAAGUGUUUAUUAUUAUUUUUUAUUAUUUUUUUUCAGCAGAAAGCCACUGCUUCAUGUAUGUUUACUUGUUUUCAUUUUUAGUCUUUAUUGAUAAACAACAUGACAAAUUUUAGCUACACAAACAAUGAAUGAAUGUUACAAUAUAUGUUUACUUUUUAGCAGAAAGCCACUGCUAUAUGUUUACUUGUUAUAUUUACUUGACUGUGUUUAUUAUUUAUAUUUGUCUUUAUUUGGAAUUUGUCUUUAUUAGCUGGAAUCCAUGAAUCUCUAUACAUCUCAUCAGGAACAUUUCAGUAUACCUUGUGUCAAAUAUUGUAUUCUUCAAUGACCUUGCUAUGCCAUCUCUCAUACUGGAUUUUGUCAAAGAAAUAAAGUUUAUCCAUAAAAAUAUAA